UUAUGUGAAUCACUUCAUAAUGCUCUUGACACUACCAUGGCUCCUGUUUAUACAACACAACAACGACAACAUAAAUCUUUUAUAUUAAAUGCGUCGCUACCUGAAGGUCUUCCAGAAUGGGCAAUAAAUGAAGAAAAUGAAAAUGAAAAUAAGGGUGAAGAAGAAGAGGACAAAGAUGAAGAAGAGGACGAAGAGGAUGAGAAAGAAGAGGAAAAAAUAAAUAAAAAGA